UUUGUUUGUUAUUAUUAAUUGCCGUAGGAGUUUAACAUGAAAUCUGAAAAACUGAAAAGGAACUUUUGGGUUACUGCUGAAAUAGAAUGCAUGCUAAAGUUAAUAGGAGAGUUUAAUAAUGUUCAAAGAUCUAUUUCUGCAAAUACGACCCAAAACACCUUUAACCAAAUUGCCAAUAGAAUGAAAAAAAACGGAUUUCCAAACAAAUCACCCACACAAAUACGAAGAAAAUGGUUUCAAAUGAAAUCUGCGUAUCUAUGUUACAAAAAAGGCAAUAUAGACCGACUGUUUCUUAUACCUGAAAGAUUUCGGAAUGUAAUUGCACAGUUCGUAGAAAACGGCGAUAGGUUGGGGCGUUCAUGUAGUAACUCGACCAUAUCGCCGACUAAUCAAUCCCAUAGCUACGAAGUCAAUUCUUUAGUGAUGGAUAAAUUUUUGAACCAAGUCAAAAAGAAUAAUAAAUUAGUUAAUUUAGAAUAUACAAAACUGGAGAGAUCUCUCUUGCAAUAUGAACACAAAUGGCAAAUCGUUCGAGAUGAUAAUAUAAUUAAAAAUAUAAAAUAAUUAUAUUGUAUUGUAUCAAGUUCAUUCUCUC